AUGGCCUUGAAGAACCAGCGCUGCUGCAGAGUGCCUCAAUACCAGGUCCUUCUAGUGCCUGCCUGCCCGCUGGGUGUCUACCUCCAGGGGGUAGGAGUACCCUUGCCCCCGCCGGGCACCUUCCAUACCUCUACGUUGUACACUAUUACAGUUCUGGCAGUAGUGUGUUACCUUCCAUUUUUACAGCCAGAACAGGAAGAGAGGCCCAAGGGAGGACCCCCCAAACAGUUCUGUAUCGUGGUACACCCGCACCACCUACGGACAGGGCAGGCAGACCUACAGUGGGCAGUAAUACUCAAGGUCAGUACCAGCCUCGGCAGGAUCGCCAUACCUCUCUCUACCUAUCAUCUCUCUUCGCCGAAUCUGCAAAACCAGUGCAAACCUCUGGUCCUGAUUCUCUCCCAAACCACAAAUCCGUCUCGGAUCAUUUAUCGACGACGACGACGCCGACCACGCCAGGCAAUCACCAAACUGGGGAUCGCCAUCGAGCACCACCGCCACCAUAUUGACAUCAACAUCCGUACUACUACUACUCUUCCUCCUCCUCCUCCUGCUCCUCCUCCUCCUCCUACUACUACUACCGUUACUCCUUAAUCAGAGGUGAUUCAGUCCACCCGUUGCCUGUUGCCGUUGCCGUUGCCCGUUGCCCGUGACGCCCUCUGUCCGGUUGGCCUCGCGACAGCUGGUAGCCUCGGCGCAUUGCCCAACAACAUACCUCUACAUAAUAUUCAUUGAUUCACCAUCCAGUGGCACACAAGUCCAAGUCCCAUUCAAGUCGAUCUCGCUUGGUCCCGCCAGCUAACCGAGGAAGCUUCCGA